CUGCCGCCGCCGCUUGCUGCAGCUCCGAGCGGACACAGUCACAGGGAGGAACCGAGGGAGCCCGAAGAAGAACCCGAGCACCAGGCGCUUCUCACCGGGACACAGACAGAGAGGAGAGCGCCGCCAUCUGUCCACAUCUGCGGGCGGGAAGAACCGAGCAGCGAGCGCGACAGACGAGGUGCCAGGGAAGAGGAAAAAACCCGGAGCUGAUCAUCUGACUGGGCCGGAGUGCUGUCACUCAAACAUCGUUUACAUCAGGUGUGAGCUGAGUGGAGGUGAAGAGCAGCAAUCAUGGUGGCCCUGUCACUGAAGAUCGGUGUGGGGAAUGUGGUGAAGACCAUGCAGUUCGAACCCUCCACCAUGGUGUACGACGCCUGCCGCAUCAUCAGGGAGAGAGUUCCUGAGGCUCAGCUCGGCCAGCCCAACGACUAUGGGCUGUUUCUGUCCGAUGAAGACCCAAAGAAAGGGAUCUGGCUGGAGGCCGGAAAAGCUCUGGAUUACUACAUGUUGAGGAAUGGGGACACUCUGGAGUACAAAAAGAAGCAGAGGCCGCUGAAGAUCCGCAUGCUGGACGGCACAGUGAAGACCGUCAUGGUGGACGACUCCAAGAUCGUCAGCGACAUGCUCAUGACCAUCUGCGCCAGGAUAGGCAUCACAAACUACGACGAGUACUCGCUGGUGCGAGACAUUGGCGAGGAGAAGAAGGAGGAGACCAUGGGGACGCUGAAGAGAGACAAGACUCUGCUGAGGGACGACAAGAAGAUGGAGAAGCUGAAGCAGAAGCUGCACACAGACGAUGAGUUGAACUGGUUGGACCACGGCCGGACGCUGCGAGAACAAGGCGUGGAGGAGACGGAGAUGUUGCUGCUGAGGAGGAAGUUCUUCUACUCGGACCAGAAUGUGGACUCCAGAGACCCCGUCCAGCUCAAUCUGCUUUACGUGCAGGCCCGCGAUGACAUCCUGAACGGGUCUCACCCCGUCUCCUUCGACAAGGCCUGCGAGUUUGCAGGUUACCAGUGUCAGAUCCAGUUCGGCGACCACAACGAGGCCAAACACAAGCCUGGAUUCUUAGAUUUGAAGGAGUUCCUCCCCAAAGAGUACAUCAAGCACAAAGGAGAGAAGAAGAUCUUCCAGGCUCAUAAAAACUGCCAGAACAUGACGGAGAUCGAGGCCAAGGUCAGCUAUGUGAAGCUAGCGCGCUCCCUGAAGACCUACGGCGUGUCCUUCUUUCUGGUCAAGGAGAAGAUGAAGGGCAAGAACAAGCUGGUGCCUCGUCUGCUCGGCAUCACCAAGGAGAGCGUGAUGCGAGUGGACGAGAAGACCAAGGAGGUGAUCCAGGAGUGGAACCUGACCAACAUCAAACGUUGGGCUGCUUCACCCAAGAGCUUCACUCUGGACUUUGGAGAUUACCAGGACGGUUACUACUCUGUGCAGACAACUGAGGGAGAGCAGAUCGCUCAGCUCAUCGCCGGAUACAUCGACAUCAUCCUCAAGAAGAAAAAGAGCAAAGAUCACUUUGGCCUGGAAGGAGAUGAGGAGUCGACGAUGCUGGAAGACUCCGUGUCGCCUAAAAAGUCCACGGUUCUGCAGCAGCAGUUCAACAGGGUGGGAAAGGUGGAGACAGGCUCCGUAGCCCUGCCGGCCAUCAUGCGCUCAGGAGCCGGAGGACCGGAGAGCUUCCAGAUGGGCUCCAUGCCUCAGGCCAAGCAGCACAUCACCAGUGGACAGAUGCACCGGGGACACAUGCCGCCACUGACGUCGGCUCAACAAGCUCUGACCGGAACCAUCAACUCCAGCAUGCACGCGGUCCAGGCAGCGCAGGCGUCUCUGGAUGACUUUGACACUCUGCCGCCUCUAGGAACAGACGCGGCGUCUCAAGCCUGGCGCAAGAACAAGAUGGAUGAGUCCAAACAUGAGAUCCACUCCCAGGUGGACGCCAUCACAGCAGGCACCGCCUCCAUGGUCAACCUCACUGCAGGUGACCCAGCAGAGACGGACUACACGGCCGUGGGCUGUGCCGUGACCACGAUCUCGUCCAACCUGACGGAAAUGUCCAAGGGCGUGAAGCUGCUCGCCGCACUCAUGGAGGACGAAGGCGCAAACGGGCAGCAGCUGCUUGGUGCCGCUAAGAAUCUGGCUUGCGCCGUGUCGGACAUGCUCAAGACGGCGCAGCCGGCAAACACCGAGCCUCGUCAGAACCUGCUCCAGGCUGCAGGAAACGUGGGUCAGGCCAGCGGAGAGCUGCUGUCACACAUCGGAGAGACGGACACCGACCCGCAGUUCCAGUUUCCAGGUAACGGAUCUUUCAGGGGCGCACAGUGGAGACUCAGUUAUUAUCAGAUCCUGGACAUGCUGAUGCAGCUCGCCAAAGCCGUGGCUAACGCCGCCGCCGCUCUGGUGCUCAAGGCCAAGAACGUGGCCCAGAAGACGGAGGACUCGGCCCAGCAGAACCGCGUCAUCGCCGCCGCCACGCAGUGUGCGCUGUCCACGUCUCAGCUGGUGGCGUGCACCAGGGUGGUGGCGCCGACCAUCAGCUCCCCCGUGUGCCAGGAGCAGCUGAUUGAGGCGGGCAAGCUGGUCGCCAAGUCCGUGGAGGGCUGUGUAGAGGCGUCGCAGGGCGCCACCAACGACGAAGGCCUUCUGAAACAGGUGGGCGUGGCCGCCACUGGCGUCACCCAAGCCCUCAACGAGCUGCUGCAGCACAUCAAACAGUAUGCCAGUGGAGGGCAUCCCAUCGGACGCCACGGAGAGGCCACCGACCGCAUCCUUGACGUCACAGAGAACAUCUUCAGCUCGAUGGGAGACGCUGGUGAGAUGGUUCGCCAGGCUCGUAUCCUCGCUCAGGCCACGUCCGAUCUCGUCAACGCCAUCAAGAUGGACGCCGAGGGCGAGUCAGACCUGGAGAACUCUCGCAAGCUACUCUCUGCUGCCAAACUGCUGGCUGACGCCACAGCCAAGAUGGUGGAAGCAGCAAAGGGUGCAGCGGCAAACCCCGACAGUGAGGAGCAGCAGCAGAAACUGCGGGAGGCAGCCGAGGGCCUGCGCAUGGCCACCAACGCUGCUGCUCAGAACGCCAUCAAGAAACGCCUGGUCAACAAGCUGGAGAACGCAGCCAGGCAGGCCGCGGCCGCAGCCACUCAGACCAUCGCCGCCGCCCAGCACGCCGCCUCCACCAACAAGAACCAGGCGGCACAGCAGCAGCUCGUCCAGAGCUGCAAGGUGGUGGCAGAGCAGAUCCCACACCUGGUCCAGGGAGUGCGAGGCAGCCAGGCUCAGCCCGACAGCCCCAGUGCCCAGCUCGCUCUCAUCGGCGCCAGCCAGAACUUCCUGCAGCCUGGUGCAAAGAUGGUCACGGCCGCUAAAGCCACUGCUCCCACCAUCACUGACCAGGCUUCAGCCAUGCAGCUCAGCCAGUGCGCCAAGAACCUGGCCAGUGCACUGACCGAGCUCCGCGCCGCCUCACAGAAGGCUCAGGAAGCGUGUGGACCGUUGGAGAUCGACAACGCUCUGUCGAUGGUGAGAGACCUGGAGAAGGACAUGCACGAGGCCAAAGCUUCAGCAGAGGAGGGCAAAUUGAAACCACUGCCAGGAGAGACACUGGAGAAAUGCUGUCAGGAUCUUGGCACCAGCACCAAAGCUGUGGGCUCUUCCAUCGCAAAACUGCUGAGUGAGGCUGCGCAGGGCAACGAGAACUACACAGGCAUGGCAGCCAGAGACGUGGCUCAGGCUCUGAAGUCUCUGGCCUCGGCAGCCAGAGGAGUCGCUGCCAACACGAACGACUCUCUGGCUCGCAACGCCAUGUUGGACUGUGCCGGGGACGUCAUGGACAAGUCGGCUAAUCUGAUCGAGGAGACCAAGAGGGCCAUCACCAAACCAGGAGACCCAGAGAGUCAGCAGAGGCUGGCACAGGUGGCAAAGGCCGUGUCUCAGGCCCUGAACCGCUGUGUGAACUGCCUUCCUGGACAGAGGGACGUGGACAACGCCAUCCGCACCGUGGGCGAAGCCAGCAAGACGCUGCUGGCUGAUUCUUUCCCAGCCAGUGGGCGGAGCUUCCAAGAAGUGCAGGCUCAGCUCAAUGAGGUGGCGGCGGGUCUGAACCAGUCGGCCAAUGAGGUGGUCCAGGCGUCCAGAGGAACCACGCAGGACCUGGCGAAUGCCACCAGCAAGUUUGGACAGGACUUCAGCAACUUCCUGGAUGCUGGAGUCGACAUGGCAGGAACAUCUCAGUCUAAGGAUGACCAGACACAGGUGGUGUCCAACCUGAAGACCAUCUCCAUGUCCUCCAGUAAGCUGCUGCUGUCAGCCAAAGCCCUGUCCACUGACCCCAGCUCCCCGAACCUGAAGAACCAGCUGGCCGCUGCUGCUCGUGCGGUGACAGACAGCAUCAACCAGCUCAUCACCAUGUGCACUCAGCAGGCUCCAGGUCAGAAGGAGUGUGACAACGCUCUCAGAGAACUCGAGUCGGUGAAAGGGAUGCUGGAGAACCCGACAGAGGCCGUCAAUGACAUGUCCUACUUUGACUGCAUCGACAGCGUCAUGGAGAACUCAAAGGUCCUCGGUGAGUCCAUGGCUGGAAUUUCCCACAAUGCCAAGAACUCCAACUUGCCAGAGUUUGGUGAUUCGGUCAGCGGCGGCUCCAAAGCUCUGUGUGGUCUGACCGAAGCAGCGACACAGGCGGCCUACCUGUUGGGAGUGUCGGACCCCAAUAGUACGGCGGGUCAGAAGGGCCUGGUGGACCCUGCUCAGUUUGCUCGGGCAAAUCAGUCCAUUCAAAUGGCGUGUCAGAACCUGGUGGAUCCCGCCUGCACGCAGUCUCAGGUUCUCUCGGCUGCCACCAUCGUGGCCAAACACACCUCGGCGCUGUGUAACGCCUGCCGCCUGGCGUCCUCCAAGACCCCCAACCCUGUCGCCAAGAGGCAGUUUGUCCAGUCUGCCAAAGAAGUGGCCAACACCACGGCCAACCUGGUCAAGUCCAUCAAGGCUUUGGACGGUGCCUUUAACCAAGAGAACAGAGAGAAGUGUAAGGCGGCCACUGGUCCUCUGAUUGAAGCUGUGGACAACCUGACCGCCUUCGCCUCCAACCCCGAGUUCGCAAGCAUUCCUGCUCACAUCAGCCCCGAAGGUCACGCAGCCAUGGAGCCGAUCGUGGUGGCAGCAAAAACGAUGCUGGUGAGCUCGACCGGUCUGAUCCAGACCGCGCGCUCUCUGGCCGUCAACCCCAAGGACCCGCCCAAGUGGUCAGUGCUGGCCGGACACUCGAGGACGGUGUCUGACUCCAUCAAGAAGCUCAUCACUAACAUGAGAGAAAAGGCUCCGGGUCAGAGAGAAUGUGAUGAUGCCAUCGAGGUGCUGAAUGGCUGCAUCCGUGAGGUGGAUCAGGCGUCUUUAGCUGCCAUUAGCCAACAGCUAACACCCAGAGAGGACAUCUCUAUGGAGACUCUCCAUGAGCAGAUGGCCGCUUCAGUCCAUGAGAUCAGUAACCUGAUCGAUCCCGUCGCCGUGGCUGCUCGCUCUGAGGCGUCCCACCUGGGACACAAGGUGUCUCAGAUGGCCACCUACUUCGAGCCCCUCAUCAUGGCCGCCAUCGGCACAGCGUCCAAGAUCCUGAGCAGUCAACAGCAGAUGGCGGUCUUAGACCAGACCAAGACCCUGACAGAGUCCGCACUGCAGAUGCUCUACACUGCCAAGGAGGCCGGAGGAAACCCCAAGGCGGCUCACAUGCAGGAGGCGCUGGACGAGUCGGUGCAGAUGAUGAAAGAGGCCGUCGACGACCUGGGGGCGACGCUGGCCGAAGCUGCGAGUGCGGCAGGUGCUGUGGGCGGCAUGGUGGACUCCAUCAACCACGCCAUCAACAAAAUGGAAGACUCUCCCACGCUGGAACCUGAAGGCAACUUCGUGGACUACCAGACGACCAUGGUUAAGACGGCCAAGGCCAUCGCCGUCACUGUGCAGGAGAUGGUAACGAAGUCCAACACCAACCCAGACGACCUCGGAGGACUGGCCAACGAGCUGACAAAUGAGUUUGGAAAUCUUGCUAACGAGGCCAAAUAUGCAGCCAUUACUGCAGAGAAUGACGACAUUGGCUCGCACAUUAAGAAGCAGGUGGGCGAGCUGGGCUUCAGCUGCACAUCUCUGGUGACCAAAGCUGGAGCGCUGCAGUGCAGCCCCAACGACUCGUUCACCAAGAAGGAGCUGAUCGAAAGUGCCCGCAAGGUCUCAGAGAAGGUCUCCCACGUGUUGGCGGCUCUGCAGGCCGGAAACCGCGGCACGCAGGCCUGCAUCACAGCGUCCAGCGCUGUGUCGGGCAUCAUCGCAGACCUCGACACCACCAUCAUGUUCGCCACCGCUGGAACUCUGAACAGAGAGAACGAAGAGACCUUCGCUGACCACAGAGAAUACAUCCUGAAGACAGCCAAGGCUCUGGUGGAGGACACCAAGCUGCUUGUGUCUGGUGCUGGAUCUAGUCAGGAGAAACUGGCCCAGGCUGCACAGUCCUCAGUGACCACCAUCACCAAACUGGCUGAUGUGGUCAAACUGGGAGCAGCCAGUCUGGGCUCUGAGGACCCAGAGACCCAGGUCGUCCUGAUCAACGCAGUGAAGGAUGUGGCCAAAGCUCUGGGUAACCUCAUCAGCACCACCAAAGCCGCUGCAGGGAAACCUCACGAUGACCCCAGCAUGCUGCAGCUCAAGAACUCUGCUAAGGUGAUGGUGACCAAUGUCACGUCCCUCCUGAAGACGGUGAAGGCCGUGGAGGAUGAAGCCACAAAGGGAACCAGAGCUUUGGAGUCGACGAUCGAACACAUCAAGCAGGAACUGGCUGUCUUCAGUAGUUCUGACCCGCCGCCGAAGACGACCACGCCCGAGGAGUUCAUCCGCAUGAUCAAAGGAAUCACCAUGGCAACAGCAAAGGCAGUGGCCGCUGGGAACUCUUGUCGUCAGGAAGACGUCAUCGCCACGGCCAACCUCAGCAGGAGGGCGAUCGCUGACAUGUUACACUCCUGCAAGGAAGCGGCCUUCCACCCUGAGGUCAGCAAAGAGGUCCAGAUGAGAGCUCUGCGCUACGGCCACGAGUGUGCGAACGGUUACCUGGGACUGUUGGAGCACGUGUUGGUGAUCAUCCACAAACCGUCUCAUGAUCUCAAGCACCAGUUGGCCACUUACUCCAAGCGAGUGGCAGGUUCUGUCACCGAGCUCAUCCAGGCUGCUGAGGCCAUGAAAGGCACAGAAUGGGUCGACCCCGAGGACCCCACUGUCAUCGCAGAGAACGAGCUGCUGGGUGCAGCGGCGGCCAUUGAAGCGGCUGCCAAGAAACUGGAGCAGCUGAGGCCCAGAACCAAACCCAAGGAAGCAGACGAGAGCUUGAACUUCGAGGAGCAGAUUCUGGAGGCGGCCAAGUCCAUCGCGGCUGCCACCAGCGCUCUGGUCAAAGCAGCUUCAGCAGCUCAGAGGGAGCUGGUUGCUCAAGGGAAGGUUGGCGCCAUCCAGGCCAACGCGGUGGACGACGGACAGUGGUCUCAGGGUUUGAUCUCAGCCGCUCGAAUGGUCGCCGCGGCAACCAACAACCUGUGCGAGGCGGCUAACUCUGCGGUGCAGGGACACGCCAGCGAGGAGAAGCUCAUCUCGUCAGCCAAGCAGGUGGCGGCGUCCACCGCUCAGCUGCUGGUCGCCUGUAAGGUCAAAGCCGACCAGGACUCGCAGACCAUGAAGAGGCUCCAGGCUGCCGGUAAUGCGGUGAAGCGAGCGUCCGAUAACCUGGUAAAAGCGGCCCAGAAGGCGGCGUUUGACGAACAGGACGCUCAGGCCGUUGUGGUCAAGAGCAAGAUGGUGGGAGGCAUAGCUCAGAUUAUGGCGGCUCAGGAGGAGAUGCUGCGAAAAGAGCGGGAGCUGGUGGAGGCAAGGAAAAAGCUGGCCAUGAUCCGAAAGCAGCAGUACAAGUUCCUGCCAUCAGAGCUGAUGGACGAAGACCAAGAACAGUGAGAGAGUGUGUGUGUGUGUGUGUGUGUGUGUGUGCGUGCGAGGAAGCUUCAACCAGACAUCAGGCAGAUUGACUCCACAUCAUACAGAUGUUUUUUUUUUUUAUCUGUUUCUCUAUUUAAUUUUCAAAAAUGACAAUAACAAUGAUGAUUAAAUUGACUAUUUGCGAUAUAUAUAUAUAUCCUCGAGUCCUUUGAUUAUAUACUGUAUGAUGUCAAACUCACCUUUCCAUUUUGUUGCGAGUCUUUUAAAAAACAAGAGCUGCCAGUAAUCUCUGCUUUCACUGAGUGCUUCUAUGCAAUCUAAGCAUAAUAUAUGCAAACACUCUAUGCAGAUGACAAUGUGUUGUUGUUGUUUGUUUUUAUCCAUAUCUUUAUGAGGUGUAUGGUUACAUGUGAUGUGACGAUUCUCAGCACGACGGACUGUUUCAGGAGUAGUUUUUAAACUUUAGAUUUUGGAGGAAGAAAUUUUAUAACUUUGCGAUGGAACAAAUCAGAGCGAGAAAAUGUUAUUUUUUUAAAAAAGACGUCUGAGCUAUGAAAUGUAUUAAUGAUGUUUUCAGACAUAUCUGAAUAAAAGAUCUUUUUUGUUUUGUUUUUAGUAUUUGGAUUUAAGCAGCUACAGUAUUGCCCGCCUGAAAUAGAUUACAUUAGAUUAGAUUAGAUUAGAUUAGAUUAGAUGAGGGAGGUAUUUGUGUAAAGAUUAUGAAGCCAUAUAUUUAACUUCAGGAAGUUUGACAUGGUAUUGACCAUAUUUGGAGGUUAAGUGUUGUUGUCUCGCUGCAGUGGCGUUUUGUUUUUUCUAAUGCAGUGCUUGUACUUCCUGUCUGAUCAGGAUUACUUACAGUCUAAUUAUAGUAUAAUUAAGUUGAUGCUCACUCUUUGUUAUAUCACUGCUUAUAAAAGUGCCUUAUUCAUCAUGAAACUAUAAUGGGUGACACAUUUAUCUCUUUAUGUUGCACUUCCUUCAUUCAAACCUCAUUUAAAUCGUCUUCACUCUUUUCACGUCUGUAUUUUUUUCCCGAGCAAACCGAACAGUAUGUUUAAUAUUAAAAAGAAAAGACUGUAAUCAUUCUAAUCUGUUUUUUGUUCACAUUUCCUGAUUUAUUCGUGGUAUCAGUGUAAUGCUGGUGUGCGGCAGCGCCACCUCAUGGGCACUGUGAGAGAGAUUUAUAUUCAAUAAAGUCAGUUUUACAUUGAAA